UCUGGUUUAUAUAAGUGCUGUAACCUCGUUAUCCACAAAGGCGUUGAACAAUUGGAUCGCAUAGUACUUCAUCGAAGAAGAAGCUAACUUGGGAGAUCGAGAACAAUCCCAUUUCACAUGGACGCUGCAAUGGAUGGAUCCGUGUGGUGCGCAGCCAACUACGUGCCGCUCUCGCCGCUGAGCUUCUUGGAGCGCGCCGCGCUCGUGUACGGUGACCGGGUGGCCGUCGUCUCCGGCGACAGGCAGUUCUCGUGGGGCCAGACGCGAGAGCGGUGCCUCGCCGGAGCGUCCGCGCUCGCGCAACUCGGCGUCGCCCGCCGAGACGUGGUCGCGGUCAUCGCCUCCAACACACCGGCGAUGUACGAGCUCCAUUUCGGCGUGCCCAUGACCGGCGGGGUCCUCUGCACGCUGAACACCUGGCACGACGCCGCCAUGGUGUCCGUCCUACUGAAACACUCGGACGCCACGGUGUUUCUGGUCGAGGCGCAGUUCCUCGCCGUCGCCCUCGACGCCCUGAGGCUCCUCGCCGGCGCCGGAGCCAACCUUCCUGUCGUCAUCACCAUCUCGGACACGGACAGUGGCGGCGGCAGCGGCAUGGACUACGAAGCUCUUCUGCGGAGCGCGCCGCGCGGCUUCGAGAUCAGGUGGCCGGCCGACGAGCGCGACCCGAUAUCGCUGAACUACACGUCGGGGACGACGUCGAGGCCCAAGGGCGUCAUCUACAGCCACCGCGGCGCGUUCCUGAACUCGCUAGCCACGGUGCUCGCCAACGACGUGGUGACCACGCCGGUGUACCUCUGGAUCGUGCCCAUGUUCCACUGCAACGGCUGGUGCAUGGUGUGGGGCACCGCGGCGAAGGGCGGCACGAGCGUCUGUAUCGGGAGCAUGGCGCCCAAGGUCAUCUUCGAGAAGAUCGUGCAGCACGGGGUGACCAACAUGGCCUGCGCGCCCACGGUGCUCAGCAUGAUCGUGAACGCGCCGGCGUCGGAGCGGAAGCUGCUACCGAGGAGGGUCCGCAUCUUGGCGGGCGGCGCGCCGCCGCCCCCGCAGGUCCUGGCCAAGAUGGACGAGCUGGGGUUCGAGGUCGUGCACGGGUACGGCCUCACGGAGACGUACGGGCCGGCGACAGUGUGCGCGUGGAAGCCGGAGUGGGACGCGCUGCCGCUCGCCGAGCGCGCCCGGAUCAAGGCGCGGCAGGGCGUGCCCCACAACAUGCUCCAGGAAAUCGCCAUCAAGGAUCCGGUCACCAUGGAGACCUUGCCCUCCGACGGGCGCGCCGUCGGCGAGGUCAUGGUCCGCGGGAACACGGUGAUGAGCGGGUACUACAAGGACGCGGCGGCCACGGAGGAGACCAUGCGCGGCGGGUGGCUGCGCACGGGCGACCUCGGCGUGCGGCACCUGGACGGGUACAUCCAGCUCAAGGACCGGGCCAAGGACAUCAUCGUAUCGGGCGGCGAGAACAUCAGCUCGAUCGAGGUGGAGUCGGUGCUGUUCGGGCACCCGGCGGUGCUCGACGCAGCGGUGGUGGCGAGGCCGGACGACCACUGGGGCGAGACGCCGUGCGCGUUCGUCACGCUCAAGGACGGGGCGAGAGCUACCGCGGGCGGCAUCAUCGAGUUCUGCCGGGCACGGCUGCCGCACUACAUGGCGCCGAGGACGGUGGUGUUCAGGAGCGAACUCCCCAAGACUUCGACCGGGAAGACGCAGAAGCAUCUGCUCCGGGAGAAGGCCAACGCCAUGGGAAGCCUGCGUAAGCCAGACACAAGCAGGCUCUAGCUUUGUUCGUGGGAACAGGCUCAUUAUUCCUGAGAGCCUGCUGGUGGUUUAGCUUGUUCAGUUAUGGUGAUGCAGUUUCAAUAAGGUAUUCAGCCUUCAGUCACUACGGGAACAGAGAAUUUGUUCGUGGAAAUAGAGAAUUUGCCGUGUGUCAAAGCACACGGCAAAGGCCGAUAUGCCCACGGCAAAGUCUUUGUCGUGUGUCGCACAUGGCAAAACCCACAUGGCAACCAGGCAUCGGCAAAGCUGGCCUUUGCUGUGUGCUAUAUAUCGGGCACACGGCAAAUGGCAGGUUUGUCGUGUGCCUGAGUUUACACACACGGCAAACGUUUUGGCACACGACAAUAUGGGGGUUUCCGGUAGCGAGUCUUGUUCUAACAACCAGCAUGAGCAUCCUGUGUGUGUGGGUGGAUUGCUCAUUAUUGGAUUAUCCAAUCAAAUAAAUGUUCAUAGGAAACAA